AAUUAUUUUUUUGAAAAAUUUGAAAAGAAAAAUUUAGAGUUCCAUUUUUUCUUCUGAAAGGCCAAGCUCGAAAAUAUCCUCUAAGAACCUCAUCUCGUCACCUUCCAUAUUUUUUCCUGCUCUUUCAUCUUAGCUCGAAGCAAGGCCGUCGGUUGAGAUCUACUAUAGAGUUUUCAAUUUUCUUCGAGCUAGGGUUUGUUGGGUUUGCUGACUUUUUUGGUGAAAUUAGGGUUAGGGUUUUUAGGUGAAAUUAGGCUUUUCUUUGAUACAGACGUUUAUAUGGCUGCUGGAAGAUAUGGUGGUUACAGGGAUAAUGAAUUUAGGGGGCGUGAGGCUGAAUUUGAGGUUUCACGGAGGGAGCUUGGUUACUCCAAGGGGGAUUACGAACGAAUUAGGUCUGAGGAUCGGGAUUUUGAUAGGGAUCGAGUUCAUGACAGGAGUGGUCGAGAUAGGGGUAGGUUGAGACAGAAGGAUAUAAAAGAAAGGGAUAUGAUAAAUGGAAAUUAUAGGUCCAUGUCAAGCAGGAGUGAUUCCGGUAGCAGUGAUUGUGAUGGUGGUGGAGCAAGGAGAAGUGGGCUUAGUGUCAGAGCUGUUGACCGAGAGCCUAUAAAAGAAAGGGAUAUGAUAAAUGGCAGUUAUAGGUCCAUGUCAAGCAAGAGUGAUUCUGGUAGUAGUGAUGGUGAUGCUGGUGGAGCGAGGAGAAGUGGCUUUAGUGUCAGGGCUGUUGACCGAGAGCCUGGGGAAUUGUCUAGUGAGAGCGGGUCUGAUGGGGCUACUGAGUCGGACCAGAAGACCAAGAAUGCCGACAAUGGUAACCAGUCUCCUGUACAGAGCAAGAAACGAAAAUUCUCUCCAAUUAUAUGGGAUAGGGAAGAUAAGGAAGUAAAUCGAAUGUCAAAUAGUAGAAAUUCACCAGCGGCUACUAAGCUACCUCCUCCCCCUCCAUUGCCAAAGUCAUCUGGCCAGUUGGCUAAUCUUCUCCCUGAAAGGGUUGAUCAGGUCUCUCAGUUGAAUAGUAAUGCGGCUCACAGUAUGGAGCCAUCCCCAAGUAAUCCAAAUACAGCACUUGGUUUACAUAUGGAUGCAUCUGAUGAAUCCCCAGUUGACAUAUGCUCUCCACCUCCUGAUGAGGAGCAAUUGCCCAAUCAGGAAGCCAGGAAAGUAGAAGAUGAGGAAUAUGUGCCCGUGCCGACUAUAAGAUCAUCUCGAUGGGCAACUGAUGCCGACUCUCCAGCUGAUGAAGGUGAGAUUUCAGGUGGUGAUAUGCCCCUAUUGAAGAAGGGACGAGCAGUUUCCCAGUCAGCUGAAAUGGGUGGACGCAGGAAAUCACUAACUCCAGAAUUUGGGGAGCUCAAGAGAGAAAGCUCUGGAGGAAAUAGAGCGAGGUCUUCAGACUCUGAUGAGCAUAUUAGGUCUUGCAGCAGAGAUAGCUACCAGGACAAUGAAUUAGAUAAGAAUGACUCAAUGGAUGUGGAUAAGGACCGUAAUUAUGAUGGGACUAGUGUUAGCCAGUCAGAUACAGAAUCUGAAGAUGCACAUGAUUCUCGUGGUUCACCAGAGCCUGCACUUCCACCACAAAGGAGCGUAAACAUGCUGCAGGGGUGUAGAAGUGUCGAUGAAUUCGAGCGGCUUAACAGGAUAGAUGAAGGAACUUACGGGGUUGUUUACAGAGCUAAAGAUAAGAAGACAGGAGAAAUUGUUGCACUAAAGAAGGUUAAGAUGGAGAAGGAACGAGAAGGAUUUCCCUUGACGUCUCUAAGGGAGAUUAACAUUCUUAUUUCUCUUCAUCACCCCUCAAUUGUAGAUGUCAAAGAAGUAGUUGUAGGAAGCAGUCUUGACAGUAUUUUUAUGGUGAUGGAGUACAUGGAACAUGAUCUGAAGGCAUUAAUGGAGACGAUGAAACAACCAUUUACCCAAAGUGAAGUCAAAUGUCUUAUGCUCCAGCUUUUUCAUGGUGUCAAGUAUCUUCAUGAUAAUUGGGUCCUACACCGAGAUUUGAAGACUUCAAAUUUGCUUCUAAACAACCGAGGUGAGUUGAAGAUUUGUGACUUUGGUUUAGCUCGUCAAUAUGGGAGCCCCUUGAAACCGUACACUCAUUUGGUGGUUACUUUGUGGUACAGGGCUCCAGAACUUCUGUUGGGAGCCAAGCAAUAUUCUACUGCAAUUGACAUGUGGUCACUGGGUUGUAUCAUGGCCGAGAUGCUAUCCAAAGAACCGCUCUUCAAUGGGAAAACAGAAGUUGAUCAAAUUGACAAGAUAUUCAGAAUUCUUGGCACCCCAAAUGAGACGAUUUGGCCAGGGUUUUCCAAGCUUCCUGGGGUGAAGGUCAACUUUGUAAAGCAUCAGUUUAAUAAUUUAAGAAAGAGAUUUCAAAAGUCUACAGCCUUCAUGGGGUUACCAGUCCUAUCAGAGGCUGGGCUUGACCUGUUGAAUAAGCUUCUAACUUAUGAUCCGGAGAAGAGAAUAACUGCCGAUGCUGCUUUGAACCAUGAGUGGUUUCGUGAAGUUCCUCUCCCCAAGUCUAAAGAAUUCAUGCCUACUUUCCCUGCACAGCAUGCGCAAGAUAGGCUUGUGCGAAGAGUAAUGAAGAGUCCAGAUCCUCUUGAGGAGCAGCGAAGAAAGGAACUGAAGCAAGGGGUGUUAGGAACUGGUGGAUUGUUUGGCUAAGAUAAGUGAAUAGUGCUCAGUAACUGUUUGAGUUUUGCUUUCUCUAAUUCUCAUGGGUUGACGUGGUUGAGGUUAGAGCCAUGCACUUAAGGAAGUUGCAAAAAUUGUUUGCUAGACGAUCAGUUCAGCAGUUUUUUAGCAGGCUUAUCUGACAAUUAGAUCGAGAAACAAUUCUUUUGGCUGUGCGUUAUCAGAUCUGUUGCAGGUUGACCUACUAAGCUCCUGGUGCCUUAUCAAAAUCUUUGAGACUGCUUGCAUGGCAGGCAUGGGUGGCAUAGUGAGCUUACCCAUUAAGGAACAGUUUCAAUUGAAACUCAUGUAUGUAACAUAUUUCCCAUUGGCAGUGUAAACAAUGCUCUUGAAAUUGAUUUUGUUAAACAUAUGGAUUGGUUUUGUACUUCUAGUA